AUGGAAACCCGAGCUGCCAACCCAGAGUGGGGGGACUCUCCCCCAGACGGCUACAGCCCAGACCUGUCGCCUCAAGGCCUCCUCGGGGGACUCGGGCCUCUCGGAAACGGUCCCGGAGCUCGCCUCUCCCCUAGCCCGCCGCUCCCCCCAAGACCGACUCCGCGCAGGUGCCCAUCGCCCAGCCCGCCGGUGCACAGCCUGCAAGGGCCAGGGGCGGGGCCAGGGCGCAAGCUUAUGGCGGUUCUUUUAACCCAGCGAUUCAGGCUUCUGGACAGCCAGAGCGAGCUUCCAGGCCCUGGGUGCUGCGGGACCAAUUUCUUGAGUCCUGAAGGCAGCUUCAGCCGGAAGAGGAAGGCAGGAUGUUCUGGUCCUUUUCAAGCUACCCAACUCUGGGGAGGUAUUAUUCACGCUCUGCAGACUCAAGUAGAAAUCAAAAGAAGGCGGCAUCACUUACGGACAUACAAAGACUGUUUUACUGGUUCUGAUGCUGUUGAUGUGGUGUUAAGUCAUCUUAUGCAAAAUAUGUGCCUAAGGAGCAAUGAUAUCUCUCGUCUUAAAGGAGUACGUCUUUGCCAGUUUCUAAUGAACCAUAAAGUAUUUGAACCAAUAGGAAUGAAGUUGUUCAAAAAUGAAAGGAAGUUGGAAUUUGUAGAUUCAAAUAAUAGUCUCUAUAGGUUUCUAGGCAAUAAAUCACCUCCUAUUUUUUGCAAAAGAAAAAAGGAUGCUGAAAAUGGGCUUAUCAAAGAACUAAAACCAAAGGAAACUUUAAGACCAAAAGAUGAAAUGAUUUCAAAUCCUAUAGCAGAAGAGGUUGCUGAGAAAGGAACUGAAGAAUUUAUUCAUAGGAGUGGGAAUUUGACUUUUCCUCCAAAUGCCAUAGUUGACAAACCUGUUCUUUCACUUUCAAAACAAGAUGUUUGGAGACAACAAACAUUGUUACGUAUUUUUCAACUGAUUGACCUUCCAUUCUUGGAAAAUAUUUUGGAGCCACCAGUUAAAACACAAAAUCUUCAUUUAAGUAAAGAGGAAGAUCUCAUUAUAUCAAACACUUGUCUAGACAGAGAAGUUAUUCCAAACUUAUGUAUACUUGAGAUUGAUAACUGGCUUGAUGCAGCAAUUGAAUGCUUGGAAUAUUUCCCUGACCAAUUAAUAGUUAUAGUUAGUCAGCAGUUAGUGCAGAACAGAAACGAAGAGUCAAGAUUGAAUAUACAGAAGAAGAUCUUCUUUGAUGUCAUAGUAAAAUAUUAUACUCAAGAAAGAGAUUGCCUGUUAACUGAUGAGUAUUUUGAUAUUCUGUCAGGAAUUAUUGAACUUCUAGAAAAUGAUAAGAGAGCUGAAGCACUUGAGGCAACGCAACUAUAUUUGAGACUGCUGCUGCCUAAUAUUAGAGAAGAAUUACGACGACUACUCACUUUCAUGGCUAUUGCAUCAGAACCUAAUGCCUACAAGUUACAAAAGCAGUGUGAUAACAAAACUGUGGUCCUGAAAACUCUUGCCAAAGCAGUUUUGCAAACCAAAUCAUUAUUAAAAGUACAGGCGGAACAACUAGUCUGGUUUCUACUGGAGUUUCACACAGAGCUCUUCAAGACACCGGUUAUUUUAUUAGAUCUAGUUACUAAGAAACUUAAGAGGAUUCUCCAUGGAGAAGAUCCAGAUGCCAUGUCAGGGUUCACAUUUUGCCAACGCUUGACAUGUAAGGAGUUCGAAAAACAAAAGAAAAAGAAAAUUCAUUAUCUUCAACAGUUGGUUCAUGAGAUUAAUAGUAAUCCCAGCAUCUCUCUGAAACAAAAAAAGAAAUUAAUUAAGGAAUUUCAAAAACACCAUCCGCAAUCUUGCAUUAACAUUUCUGCUGCAAAAAACUACAAUUUGUAA